UCUUCUGAGCUGCUACUUAUGUCGGCUCCCUCAGGUAUCGAGGUCACCGAUGAGCUGAAGAAAAUAUUCGGCGAGGCAGUCGACAGCAAACAAACGCGGUUCAUCAAAGUCUCAAUCGUGAAUGAGGCUCUCGUCCACACAUCAUCCAUUCCAGUUCAAGGCUCCUUUCAAGAAGAUCUCCAAUUAUUGGACUCGGAAGACAUCCUCCAAGCAAAUACUCCUGCCUACCUAUUGACCAAACUUGACGAUAAUGAAUGGCUCGUCAUCUACUUUGUCCCAGACACGGCCAAAGUCAGGGAGAAGAUGCUCUAUGCGUCUUCACGCGCGUCGCUUCUCAAAUCCCUUGGUUCCUCCCUCUUCACUGACUCGAUCUUCGCAACAUCCAAGGCAGAUCUGACUCCAGAAGCAUAUACUGCGCAUCGCAGGCAUGUGACUGCACCAAAGCCUCUUUCUGCCAGCGAACAGGAAAUGGCCGAUGUUCGUGCCGCAGAAAGACAAGCAGGUGGCUUGAGCGCGUACCAAGGAAGCCGUGCAAGGACCUCCCAUAUUGGUCAAACUGUCGGCAUGGCGUGGGCCGAGGACCUUCAAGAAACCGUGAAAGGACUCGGCGAGGGCGAUGAUUCCGUCCUGGUCGUUCUAACCAUCGAUAUAGCUACCGAGACUGUCGUGCUUCAUUCCUCAGCGCCCACAUCAGCCGACCAGGUUGGAUCCAGUCUCCCAGCAGACAGUCCCAGUUAUGCGUUCUUUGCUUGGAAGCACUCUCCCUCGCUCCGCGACAUCGUCUAUCUCUAUUCGUGCCCAUCUGGUAGCCCGGUGAAGCAACGCAUGGUCUAUGCAUCAGGCUUCCAUUCUGUAUACCUGGGAGGCAAAACGCUACUUGAAGGUUCGCCUACAUCCCUCCACACGCGAAAAUUCGAAACGUCGACGCCGUCGGAAAUCAACGAAGCAUAUUUGCGGUCUGAGCUGGACUUGAACGCGACCACGCCAGGAAGCGGCACUCAGACGCCUAUUGGAGGAGGUCAAGAAGAGCAGAAGAAGCCCUUUGCACGUCCUCGCGGACCUAAGAGACGAUGA